AAUAUCUUACAAUUCAGCACACAUCUAUUCAGCACUGUCAUAACCACAGGGCAUUAUCAGCUAGCUAGUAGGUCCGAGUCCGCCAGUCUAUGAGAAACUGUAUUAUCUAUAACUAAGAAUAAAGAUUGUUGUUAUGGCUACCGUGUACUGAAAUAACGCUUUUCAUUGAGAAUCGGACAAUUAUUACAUGGUGUCAGAGGUGGAAUAAUUAUUCCCAGUCGUCGGAAUUCGAAAGUGUCGGUUCCGGUAAAUCGGGUCGUCGUCGAGGAUAAGUUGGAAUCGUUCCUUCGGCGGAAAUAUAAGCUGAAAAGAAAGUGGCAAAUUCGGCCGGCAGAGGAAACAAAACAUGGCGUCGAUGGAGCUUCGUUUGCCCAACCCGCUGGACUGUGCCAACUUAGCAACAGAGUGGCCAAAGUGGAAACAGACGUUUUUGAUCUACAUGAUCGCCAACAAACGGGAUGGUGACUCCGAACAGAGUAAAAUCGCCACAUUCCUGUGGUUGAUCGGGCAGCGUGGAGUUGAAAUAUUCAAUACUCUGUUUCCGAACGAUGGGAGCUUCAAUGGAAUGUUCGGUGCGGGUGGUGCUCAAAUUGCUGCUGCUGCCGGUGGUGUAGUUGGUGCUGUUGCGGGCGGAGUUGGUGCUACUGUGGGCGGUUCUGCUGCUGUUGCGAGUGGAGUUGGUGCUGCUGUUGUUGGAGGUGGUGCUGGUGUUCCUGCUGGUGGUGGACGAACAUUGGCUGACGUUAUCAAGGCCUUCGACGACUACUGUUUGCCAAGGAGAAACGUCACAAUGGAAGCAUUCAAAUUUAACAUGAUCGUCCAAAAGGAGAAGCAAUCAUUUGGGAACUUCGAAACUGAACUGCGAACCCAGUUGCAGUACUGCGAAUUUGAGUGCACGAACUGUCACACAUCUUACGCGGAUCGGUUGCUGCGUGACCGAAUAAUAGUGGGAGUGCAGGAUAAGAAAUUGCAGUUGAAGUUACUUGAUGGUAAAGACGAUCCACUAGGCAAUGUUAUUGAAACGUGCAAGGUUUUCGAGGCUGCUGCGGCUAAUAAACAGUUACUGGAUCGGAAGUGCGGAAACGCUGAAAUCAAAUCGGUGGUCGAGCAAACGCAGGAUACAGGAGAUAACGCAGAGCUUCAGGAGGUAGCAGCUGUAAAACGUACUUGUUACAACUGUGGUCAAGCAUUCAACGGUCAGCAUUUCCGUCAUUGCCCGGCAAUCAACAUCAGGUGCAACAAGUGCGGCAAGAUUGGGCAUUUCCAGAAAUUUUGCAAAGCAGGAGGAGGAGCAGACACUUCCAAGGGAAGGCUACAGAGGACGGACGACAAGAAGAAGACUGCAGUGAAGACAGUAAGGUCAAUUGACUGGCGUGACUCAGAGUAAAUUUGAAUGAUCGAGUUGUUGAGCGUGUGAGAUGGAUGAAAACAUUUCUCAUUCAGGAUUGGCCGAUAACAUUCAAGCUUGACACUGGGUCUGAUAUCAACUGUGUACCCUUG